AUGGAUUUACAAGACCAGAUUGGUGAUUGUGUUUGUCUGCAGAUCAAUGAUUACUGGUUCAUCUCUUCCUCACAGUGUCUCUGUGCUCCUGGAUGGAUAGGGGAGUUCUGUCAGUACGGAGGGAACGCCUGCCUGAUCUACCCAGACAGCUGUAUGAAUGGGGCCACCUGCAUCACCACAAGUCAACCUACGGCUCCCCCACAGUACAGAUGUAUCUGCAGCCCUGGUUACACAGGACCCCACUGUGAGACAGAAAUUAACCAGUGUUUCUCCAACCCCUGUCUGCACAAUGGGACAUGCUUGGACUCUGUUGGCUUCUACAAAUGCAGGUGUCCACCAGGAUUUCUGGGCCAGAAGUGUGAGGUGGAUGUAGAUGCCUGUACCCUACCCAACACCACAUGCCCUAGAAACACACAUUGUCUGGAUCUGCCUGAUGGACUGAAGUACACAUGUCGCCUGCUGUGCCCACCGAACAUACAACCAUGUGCCAACGGAGGACGUUGUGUCUUGAACAACGGCAGCAGUUACACCUGUGUCUGUGCACCUGGAUGGGCAGGACGUAACUGCCGUUUAAACAUCAAUGAUUGUGUUCAGCACUGGUGCCAAAACGGGGCCACUUGUGUAGAUCAGAUUGAUGGCUACAGCUGCCUUUGUCCCAGAGGAUACAGCGGUAGCUACUGUGAGAUGGACGUUGACAACUGCAUUGGACACCACUGCUCUGAGCACGGCGUAUGUCUAGACCAACAAUACAACUAUACUUGUCGCUGUGAGCUCGGGUUCCAGGGGAGCUACUGUGAGCAGGAGACGGAUGAGUGUAAGAGUUCCCCGUGUGUCAAUGGUGCCACCUGCGAGGAUGUCAUCGGAGGCUAUCAAUGCCACUGCCCCCCAGGGUUUGAAGGUCAACGCACCAACUAA